CCUGUCACUGCACAGAUAUGUAGGGCGAUUUGAAUUGGACGCCCAGGAGGUUCAAGAACAGUUCUGAAAGUUCUUAAUCCGACAGCUACUCUCAAAUUACUGGUAGGAAGGGGGAACAAACUACCCCCUAAAAUUACGCUGCACUUUCUUUCUCGGCACACCGGAGAGGAUUCAUAUUUGACAGACACACGGAACUGACGUUUCGUUUUCUUUUUAUUUCCACUCGGACGUAUUUAUAAUCCGCACAACAGAAAUAUCGCCUUGCCAAGUAUGUCUGAUACGCAGCUGUUUCGAUGACCGGAGCAUAAAUAACCUCUUUUGUUGAAUUGCACAUUGUCAAUAGCACUGGAAGUACGUAGAGUUGUGUAUCGGGGGUGUGAAUACUGUGAUUAUGGAGUCGGGACGGAGGAGAGGUAUGAGCAGUGUCAUGUCAUCUCUUUCACUGCUCUGUGUGCUCCUAGACCUGCAGUUGGAGGGUGUGUUCGGAGCCACACCUGUUGAGAUAGAGCAUCAUUUGGAAACCGGUCGUAAGCUGCUGGCAGCGGGACAGCUUGCUGAAGCCCUGUCUCACUAUCACUCAGCUGUUGAGGGCGACUCAAAAAAUUACCUAACGUACUACAAACGUGCUGCUGUUUUCUUGGCAAUGGGCAAGUCCAAAUCAGCACUGCCAGACCUAACACAGGCAAUACAGCUCAAGCCUGACUUCCUAGCUGCCAGAUUGCAGAGGGGUAAUAUUCUACUGAAACAGGGAAGCACCGAAGAGGCUAGAGAAGACUUCCAAGCAGUUCUUAAACGUUCUCCAGACAAUGAGGAAGCUCAUGAUCAACUUCACAAGAUCGAUGAGCUAGAAUUACUCCAGGAAGAGGCACAAGAAGCCCAUCACCGUGGUGAUUAUGUCACUACUGUCCAGGUGCUAGAGAGGGUCAUAGAGGGCUCUCCUUGGGACCCUGAGUCUCGAGAGCUAAGGGCAGAUUGUUACAUCCGGCUCGGGGAGCCACGAAAGGCCAUUUUGGAUUUAAGUCCGGCGACACGUCUCCGUGCAGACAACCGAGCAGCUUUCCUGAAACUUAGUCAGCUGCACUACAGUCUAGGCGAUCAUCAUGACUCUCUCAAUCAGGUCCGAGAGUGUCUUAAGCUGGAUCAGGAUGAUAAGGAGUGUUUUGCCCACUACAAACAAGUUAAGAAGCUCAGCAAGCAGCUGGACUCUGCUGAGGAACUGAUCUCAGAACAGAGGUAUCAGGAGGCCAUUGAAAAGUACGAGUCUGUGAUGAGAACAGAGCCAAACAUUCAGUUCUAUAGUAAUAAGGCAAGAGAGAGGAUCUGCUUCUGCUUAGUCAAAAUGAAGAGUGGUGAGGAGGCUGUAGACGUAUGUUCAGAAGCUCACCAGAGAGAACCUCAGAAUAUCCACAUCCUCCGGGAUAGAGCGGAGGCCUACAUCCUACUGCAGGAAUAUGACAAAGCUGUAGAGGACUAUCAGGAGGCUCGGGAGUUUGAUCAAGACAACCAGGAGCUUCGUGAAGGUCUUGAUCGAGCACAGAAGCUCCUCAAGCUCUCUCGCAAGAGGGAUUAUUACAAGAUCCUGGGAGUGAGCAGGAGUGCCAACAAACAGGAAAUCAUAAAAGCAUAUAGAAAACUGGCUCAGCAGUGGCAUCCUGAUAAUUUCCAGUCUGAAACGGAAAAGAAAGAAGCAGAGAAAAAGUUUAUUGAUAUUGCCUCUGCAAAGGAGGUGCUUACAGAUCCAGAAAUGCGUCAGAAGUUUGAUUCAGGAGAGGAUCCUCUAGACCCAGAGAAUCAGCAGGGUGGAGGAGGGGGAGGAGGCAGAGAAUGGCCCUUUGGCUUCAACCCCUUUGAGGGUGGAAACUACCACUUCAAGUUCCAUUACAACUGAUAAGAGAGUGACUGAUGCCGAUAAUAGACAAUGAUUCAGAUUAGGACACCUGUUAUAUGAAGAAUAACUAGAGACAUGCUUGCUAUCCUAACUGGACUGUGGUGGAACCUGAGACUUGAAUCCACAGACUUCCUAUGGAGAAAUUACUUGAUUGGGCAAACGCCAUAUGUUUGGUGUUUGAUUCCCCCUUCUUAAAGACUUCAAAAUUGAGCUGAAGGUUUUAGCUCAAUAUUUGAUCUUUUUUUGCUGUAUGUGCCAUCUUUCUUAUUACUUCUCCUUCAUGCUGUGCAGAUUUUCUUUCUAUUUUCAUUUCCUGCUGCUUAUAUAUGGUUUCUCUAAAUGACACUCCAGAAAUAAGAGUUCUAGUUUAUUUUGAAAUGUGCCAUGUGUCCCUGACACCUUUAGGUCCUAUUUGAAUUUAAAGGGAUUGUUUACCCAAAAAAUGCUCACUCUCAUGUUGUUCUGUGAAGCAAAAAAUUAAAUGUUAGGCAUAUGUUAGGGACUGACAGUCACCAUUGAAUGGGCAGACUUAUUGUGUUGAAUGAAAAUAAGAGCAGCAUCAACACUUAAAAGUUGUUGGUGUUCUUGAAAAAAAUAAGUCCUUGUUUGAAAUAACAUGAGGGUGGGUAAGUAAAACACACACACAAACAAACAAAAAAAACAGUUUAGGUGAAAUCUUCCUUUUAUGAUCUCCAGAGUUACCUGGUUGGAAUAGUUAGAACAUUUCUCGCAAAGAAAAAAAUAACCAUAAACUCCACACAAUUCCUCUGUAUUCUGAGAAUACUGAAGAGUCACUGCCUGACUCCUUUGAUUUAACACGUAUACAAUUAAAAACAAUAUACCAGAAUCUUAGCUACCAAGUACAGAAACUUGUGAACCUUUACAAAACUGUGUAAACGUUACAAGUUAGUCCACAUGCACUUUUUAAGUUAAAUGUCAAUCAACUAGCCUAUUACAAGUAAUUGGACAUUUUAAUGUUUGUUUAUUGGAAGAUUUGAAACGGCUACUAUGAUUAAAGUUUUCUUUUCAGUU